AAAAAAAUAAAUAAACCAACUCAAAAUAUUAAGUUUUUGAUGCUCAGAUUUGUUGCACCAUUAUAUGUAUUUACACCUGUAUGUAAUAUUUUUCCUAAAAAAUGUGGAAUAUCUUAUUGGUUUUCACUAUAAUAUUUAAGAUAACUACAUCCAUUGUCAUCGAAUUGCCAAAAGGAAAAAUUGAGGGUUUAACUAACACAACCAGAAAUGGAACAACCUACCACAGCUUCUUAGCUCUCAGAUACGCCCAACCACCUAUUGGAAAAUUAAGAUUUAAACCUCCAGUUCCCGUAGAACCUUGGAUUGAUACUUACGAUGGUAGAGCAGAAAAGUUCAUUUGCUACCAAGUGAAACGGGACAGUUACAAAGAAAACGAAGAUUGUCUCUUCUUGAACGUUUUUACCCCGGUGGACUUAAACAGUUCUUUUACAGCUAAUAGGACUGUUAUGGUGUGGAUUCAUGGUGGAGGGUUUAUAGCUGGAGCCGGCUACAUGAUCGAAGGAGGAGCAGGACCGAAAUUUUUUAUGGAUCAAGGAAUUGUGCUGGUUUCUAUCAAUUACAGACUAGGUCCCUUCGGCUUUUUGUCGACUGGUGAUAUUGUAAUGCCAGGUAAUGCUGGUUUAAAAGACCAAGUGCUUGCGUUAAAAUGGGUCCAGGACAAUAUUGCAUAUUUCGGCGGCGAUCCUGAUAAAGUUACUAUAUUUGGACAAAGUGCUGGAUCUGCCUCAGUAUCUUACCAGCUAUUAAGUCCAUUAUCCAAGGGAUUGUAUCGAGGCGCAAUACUCGAAAGUGGGUCAGCGCUCUCGCCUUGGGCUUAUCAAAGAAAUGAAACUGAAAUAACUUUUAUGACUGCCCAGUUGAUCAAUAGCAGUUUCACAAGCCGAAACACCACUGAGGUACUUCAGUUUCUUCAAAGCGCUUCAGCUAUAGAUAUCGACAAUGCAUCGUUUGUUGUAUCAGCUUCAUUUGAUAACCCUGCCACCGCUCAAAUUUCGAAAGGUUUCGUGUAUGCUCCUGUAAUAGAAGUUCCCCAUGAAGAAGCAUUUUUAACGGAAAAGCAAUGGGGAUUAUUUGAAAGUGGUCGUUAUAACAAAGUCCCCAUCUUUAUAGGAAUGAACAGUGAAGAAUCAAUGACGCUAAUGCAUGCAAAUUCGACUGAAACCUGGGAUGCUUAUGAUAAUAAUCCAAGCAUUAUGGUGCCAUAUGAUCUACAUAUAAAUAAUACGGAUAUUAAGAAGUCAAUAGGUUGGGAAAUUUGGAACCAAUUCACUGAUGGUGAGGGUUUUAAUAAUGAUCUCGUAAAAGGAAUUAGGUACCACAGCGUCCACGAUUUCGAUAAGGCGUCAAUUAAGCAAGCUGAAUUAAUGUCGAAUCAUAGCGAUGUAUAUUUUUAUCAGUUUUCAUAUAGCGGAUUAAUGGGGUAUUUUGGUUAUAGAUUAGCAGGCUGUGGCAACGUUUCUCAUGCAGAAGAAUUGUAUUAUUUGUUUAGCAAGUGGUAUAGUAAUGAUAUUCCUGACAAUACUGACAUGUCUUACUUUCCUGAAGCAGAUCAAAAGGUGCAUUUUAGGAUUAUGGCUUUGUGGACCAAUUUUGCUAAAUAUUUGAAUCCAACACCACCUUUUGUUGAUGUAGAUCUCUUGCAAAAUGUGACCUGGGAACUUGUAAAGCCUAAUGAGUUUAGAUACCUGGAUAUUGGGAAGGAUUUGAUUAUGAUGACAGGUUAUCCCAAGGAAAAAAAAUACUUAUUUUGGGAUACUUUAUACAAAAAAUAUGCUGUUCCGCCAUUAGAUACAUUUUAAAGCUGUGUUUAAUAGAUUUUAAUAUUUAAAAGUUUCCAUGAAAACUGAGUAAUUUUAAUCGAUAAGAAACAUUAUCUAAAAAAAAUAUAAAGCCAUUCAACGUAUUUGGCUAAAAAAACUAUUGUUUUUAGGUGCAGUCGUUGCAAAGUAAUACGAUAUUCCUGGUUAAAAAAAUCCUAUGUAGUUGUUUAAAACAGAAUGGGAAAUUAGGCAAAAUUUAAUAACACCGUUUAAAAUAAUCUUUUAUUCUUAUUUAUUUACCUAAAAUAUUACAUUAAUACAUUAAACAGUUUAAGGCCUUUUUAAUUGUUUUCAUUAUUUCUUGUUGUAUUUUUGGACGGAUACUGGACGCCGUAUAAAAAAAUAUAUAAUUACUAAAAUUGCACUCAAAACUUUAAAAUAUAAAAAUCGUUUAUAAAUAAAAGAGAAGUAAUGGUA